AUGGGGAUAUUUCAGAGUAGAAUGUUCCUUUUCCGUGGACUGGCUGACUGGAACGUGUAUCUGUGGAUGCUGGGUGCAGUGUGGGAACAAGCUUCUCCCGAGGGUAUGGUUUACCCCUUCGUAUUGGUGCGCCUGUCAGGCUGCUGUUGGCUCUGCUCCAAGCCCCAGGCCGCCUCCUGGAGGCGAGCGCUCCUUCCUAAGCUACAGAGCCUCGAGGACUUAAUGGACGAUGCCUCAGUCAGGAUCCCCAGCGUUGGUGAGAAAAACCGCUCUCCUCCGAGGCAGGGCAACUUCACGUACGGCACGCUCGGCUGCCCAAAGCACCUGUUUUGA